GCUCACGCGACAUUUAAGAAUCAAGAGACUCAUCUUCAAAACAUCAGCUACGAUGAAGCUUUUAGUCCCUCUCAACCUUUUAAUUGCUGCGUUAGCCAUCUCGCCUGCACUAUCCUCUCCGGUUCCUGGAGAGGUUGGGCUGGUUGAGAGAGGACCAAUUCCUAAUGCUGUCUUUAGAAGAGUACCGGAGCCCAAUUUUUUCAAAGACCUGUUAAGGGCUUUAGGACAGGCAUCACAGGGGGGUGAUUUGCAUCGUUGAGCGUAAGGUGUAUGUGAGUG